AUGAUUUUCCUUCGUCAUCAUCUUGAUGAAAGCCUGAAGGUUGAAUACUUAACAGUUAAAGAUCCACUUGAAUUGUGGAUAGGUUUGAAAGGGAGGUAUGACCACCUCAAGACAACUGUAUUGCCAAGGGCUCCUUAUGAGUGGAUGCACUUACGGUUUCAAGAUUAUAAAACUGUAACUGAGUAUAACUUUGUUGUAUUUAGAAUCACUUCCCAAUUAAUAUUAUGUGGGGAAGUUAUAAAAGAUGAGGACAUGUUGGAAAAGACACUAACUACUUUCCAUGCCUCCAAUAUGAUAUUACAGCAGCAAUACCGUGAAAAGGGUUUUAAAAAAUACUCUGAAUUAAUCUCAUGCCUUCUGGUGGCUGAGCAACAUAAUGACCUUUUAAUGAAAAAUCAUGAAGUCCGUUCCACUGGAAGUGCUCCAUUACCGGAGGCCCACGGGGUAGAAGCACACGGCCAGUCUGAAAUAAUACAAAAUAAUCAGGGCCAUAAUAAUGUGCGUGAAUGUGGCAAAGGCAAAAGACGAUAUAAUAAUCGUCGAGGUGGUGGUCAUAACAAAAGGGAGAACAAUAUGGGCUCUCAAAAUAAUCCUUCAAAAGGCAAGGGCGAUCACUGUCAUCGUUGUGGCCUUAAAGGGUCUUCUCAAAAAUAUGAUGAGAAUGUUGAGGCGAAUUUAGCAUUGAAAGAUGAUGCUUUUGUUGGGCUCGAUGAUAUUACUCAUCUAGAAGCUGAGGACUUCUUUAGGGAUCGCAAUUGA